AUGGCAGUGAUAUGCCUUCUGGCGGCCGUUCGAGUGCAAUGUCGCUCCAACAGGGUGGUCGACGUAUCCACGUCGUGCGACAAAAACUCCGUCACGGUCCACGUUACAAUGGACCAGCCCUUCAAGGGUCUUAUCUUCAGCAAGGACUUCUCCAGGGAAUGUCAAGUGCAAGGCAAGCAACAGAAGACAGUUUCCCUGCAUCUGCCGUCGAAUGCCUGCGGUGUGCGAACGUCCACUAUCAACUCUACCGUAGAGGAGCCAGAUGACAACGAAGACCUUUACUACUCAGUUGAGCUGGUCGUGCAAAUGGACCGUCAGCUGCAGCAAUUAUCCGAUCAAGAGCUUAUCGUGAGGUGUAAAUUGCAACCGCGCGCGGUUCGCAUCCACAGCUCGGCUCUUGAAGGGGUUCUCAAGACGAAAUUACGCGAGAUGUCAGGACAAGAAGCUAAGAAAGUUAGGACCGGCCGAAACCGGCAAGGAUUCCCCAGUCCAGCGGAAAUAGAGCAGAGGGAACUGCUGAUGCAGUCGGCGCGCGCUUGGAUGGAGCUGGCGCCCACCAGGGCUGCCACGGAGCCGGCCUCCGUGGAGGUUGGGCAGCCCACCAGGCUACUCAUACAGUGCACGCUUCCCGCCGGUGUCGGUUUGCGUGUUACCGACUGCGUGGCGCACGACGGCCUCGGCGAGGCGUCGCAGAAGCUUCUCGACGACGCGGGCUGCCCCAUCGACGAGGCGAUAUUCGGCGGGCCCUCUGUCCACGAGCACAAACGGGCCGAGGCGGACUUGGCCGACAUGGUUCCAAUCGACCCCGAAGUCCGGGACUCGAGGCCGAUGGAGGCGGAAUUUAGAAGCGUGAUGAGGCACCAGCACGCGGUGGUGACCUUCGCCGCGUUCAAGUUCCCCGACCGGGCGAAGCUGCACCUCAGCUGCGGCGUGGAGCUCUGCCGGGGCGAUUGCCCGAAGGUGGACUGCGCCGCGCUGAGGCGGCCGCUGCGCCGGGACGGGCUGCUGAGGAGGGCGCGCCUGGACAAGGCCGCCAGGGGCGAGCUGAUCGACAGGCUGGAGGUGUACAACAGCAUCGAGGUGCUCGCGCCCAACAUCGAGCUGGACGACGCCUCCGUGAGGGGUACAAGGAGGACAGAGGGCGAAAGGGACGAAUUCGUGCGAGGCUUUUCUCCGGGCGACAAAACUAUCUGCUUGUCGCCGGGCAAAAUGGCCCUUGCGUUCUGCGUCUUAGGCGUCAUAUUCCUCUGCGCGAUCGCGGUAGCGUUCGCAUCGUUGGUGCGAGCGAGACGACGGAUGACGCGCGAGCCGCUGCAUACGUCCCUCUCUUUCUACACGGGCAGCAAGAGCAUGUUCUCCUCGAGCGAAAGUUCUAGUUCGUGUCUUAGCGGGAGCAAACUGUUGCUUACUGACAGUCCGUAUUUAGACCACCAUUCGUCUUCCAGCAACAACUGGCCGUAUGCGAGAGCAUUC